UGCUGUCAGCUAACUCACGAAAGGACUAGUCUAGAGUCUCGAUAAACCUCUAGACCCUAGAUCUAGAUCUAUACUAAUACCAUGAUAAAAUCUACCUAUUGAUCACCCAGAUAUCUACAAUCUGACUCUAAAAUUCACAAUGGCUUCAAUGACAAAGAAUAAGAAAGUUUAUAUACACCAUGAUCCUGAACUUAUCAAAGCUGCCGUACUUGAGAUAAAAACAAAAAAAAAAGUCAAUAAGACAAGCAGCAAAGCAUUUCAGACUACCAUUGCGUACGUUAUAUAAUAAAAUGAUUGGUAAGCGCCCCAUUGUUUGUACCAAUAGAAUAUUGAACCAAGAUGAGGAAAAUAGACUAGCAGAGUGGCUCAAUAACUUGAGAAAACAUGGAUUUGGAAAUUCACACAAAGAAAUCGUUGAAAUUGUACCAGCCAUGUUGGCUGCCCGAAGUUCUUCACAAAGUCCAGAAACCAGUAUAAAGAAACCAAGCAGACAGUGGUUGUCAGGAUUUUUCAGACGACACCCUGAAUUAUCAUCAAGAACCUCCAAAGCCUGUAGCAGGGAAACAGCUGAUGUUUCCCCAAAGAAAUUUGAAAAGUGGUUUUCAAAUUUCAUUAAAUGUAUGAACCAAAGUGAUCCUACCAUUUUAAGUAGCCCUAACAGAAUAUUUAUUGCUGAUGAUUGUGGUUUUUCUUUUGACCCUGAAAGCAGAGAGGUUGUUGCAAGCAAAGGCAGCACACAUGUUUACAAUGCCACUUCAAAUACUAAGGCUCAAGUAACUGUACUAGCAUGCCUCAGUGCCACAGGGCAAUACACUCCCCCUUUAUUGAUUUACCCCUUGAAGCGAAACCCUCAUCAAAAUCUUCUAGAAGACUUCCCUGAAGCGCUGUUGCAGGUUUCCAACAAUGGUAGGAUUACAUCUGCUAUUUUUUUUUCCUGGCUUAGAGACACCUUUAUUCCAUCCACUAGCAAUCUGCCGAAGCCCAUCCUUCUAUUAGUUGAUGGGCAUCCCAGCCAUAGCUCCCAUUUAGAAACAUCCCUUCUAUGCUCAGAAAACAACAUAAUCUUGUACUGCUUCUUACCACAAGGUAGUCACAUCAUGCAAUCUCUCGACCAAGAAUUUUUUGGAUCUUUUAAGUCAUUUCUUUCCAACAAGAUCAAAGAACAUGUUACCACUUGUGGGGAAGGUGUCAAGUUAGACUCGUUUGCAGGAUUCUUGAAGCCUGUGUGGAAUAGAUUAACUACCACAGAGCUAGCCUCAAACUGCUUCAGUGCAGUAGGGAUAUAUCCUCUGGAUCCCUGUAAAAUAAUGACAUCAAACAAACUAAGCCCAAGCAGUGUUGACAUCCCUGUUAAUACCACUACUCUACCUGAUGUACCCACUGAGAGUUUAACUACACAAGAUCAACAUGAGACCACAGCUCCACUUUCAAUAUUCACACCACCAUAUCCUCCUGAAGCCUCUUUAUCCUCUAUACCACAUGAUUUCUUUAAGUGCCCUAAGUUACCUGAGACUUCUACAUCUGCAGUCAUUUCUCAGGCCUCCACGUCUAGUGCAGCAUUCUCACCAGAUUCCGUUACUUACUCAGUAUCCAUAACAGCCAUUCUACCAGAUGCCUCCACAUCAUACUCAGUGGCCACAUCACCUGCUGCGUCCUCUACAUUUCAGAUCCUUCCAGAAAUUUCGUCCUCAACAUUACCUCAAUCCCCACCAGAGACUCCUAGCUCCACCUCAAUAAACUUAAAUAGUCAACAACUUAAUGCACUGAAAGAAAAUUCCUUAUUUAUUUGCGACAAAAUGUCAAGAGAUGAGCUUAUUAUGUUCCAUACCAGACUAGCCGCACCUCAAGACCAGAGUUUUCUCGAUCCUUAUCUCGAGAGAAAAUUUGAAGAAUUUAAACGCGUGAUCCAGUCACUAGUCAACGUUUUUAAAGUAAAUGAAGAGCCACCAUCUAAAGUCACUCUGACAGAAGGUAACAUUUUAACAUUGCUUCCAAUCAAUGGCAAGAAGAGGAAGAAUAGAAAAAGAAACAGAAUCACGCCAACUUUACCAAGUCUCCUUAGCGGCGAAGAAUUCGGGAGUGCAUCAGAUAAAAAAAGUGAAGAAAAUGAAUCUGACAAGAGGAAGGUUGCCAAAAAAUUGCGAAGGGAAGAAAAGAAAACAAACAAUGAAAAUGCAUUUAUUAAGUUAAUACAGGAAAUGGAAAACAUAGAAAGCCAUAAGCAUAAGGAAGAGCAUAAUGGAAAGAAAAAAGGCAGAAAACAAACGAAGAAGUUGACCAGUAUAAAUAUUACACAAGGCAGGGAUAGUGAUGCCAACUCUGCUGUGAGGAAAGAAAUGAAAGAAGAACUUGCUGUUAACAGUGAUGAAGCACUCGACUAUUCCGACCACCAGACCAAUGACAGUUGCUUGGCCUGUGGGCAAAAUUAUGGUGGAGAACUUUUGGUUCAGUGUGAAGUUUGUGAUAGCUGGUGGCACAAGGAAUGUACAAAAACUGCAAAUAAUUUCAACAAUAAAGAACAAGGUUUUACUUUUGUCUGUAUCCAGUGUUGCCCUGAUCAAUUAUCAUAACAUUGAAGUUACAGGUUUCCAAAUCAUUUGAUGUAUU